AUGGUGCUCCAAGUACUACCCGCCCAAGAGGCGGACAUGUACCGAUCCGCAGUUAUUGAGCGCGAAGCCUACAAGCCCUUAGAAACUAACCAAAUCCUGUUUCCUGGGCCGUUCCCUCCCGAUGUCCUGGAGCACCGCGCCAAUGAGCUCAAGGCGCAGUCGAAGGAGCCCAACACGUUCUGUUACAAGAACCCUGCCUCAAACAACAUCUCACUGACCUUCUUUGGCAAAGACAUGCACCUACUCCAUACCGAUCCCAACUACCAGGGGCGUGGAGCGGGAGGCAUCCUGACCUUGCGGGCCGUUGAAGAGGCAGCAAAGAGGGGCCUCCCGGCGUACCUAGAGUCUUCUGAGGCGGCACACCAGCUAUACCUGAAGCAAGGAUUCAAGGACUUGGAGGAGCUGGCCACGGACUUUAGCAAAUGGGGAUUGGAAACCCCCCACAGAGUCUGGGCUAUGAUACACGAACAUGGCGCCUAG